AUGUUUUCAACUUGGGUUGAUAUAUUAAACUUGAACAAACCAUUGAAAUUCGAUGAAUUAUUGAUUGAUUUCAAUCCUGAGUUGUACAACGCGAAAUCGUUGCCGGAUGAUAUUCAGGAAAAGUUAGAUGAAAGAUGGAAUCAAUUAUUAGCUGAUACAAAACCAGGGCGCGUUCUCUUCAAUGAAUCCAAGUUUCGAUUACAUUCCAUUGAAACGAAAACGACCGAUGAAAAUACCAAUGAAUUUGUGCUCAAACUUGGCUUAACUGAUUACAAAUCGUUUAUUUGCACACAACAACAAAAAUUAUCGAAUGAUAUUCGUCAAUAUAUAACUGAAGAUCAUCUCUCACAUCCUCUGGGUGUCGGAUGUCUACUGAUAACCUCGGACGAUAAGAUCGUUUUGAUAAAGCGAAAUUCUAACUGUGUAGAUUCACCAAAUCUUUAUGAUUUACCCGGUGGUCAUCCCGAACCGAAAAAUGCGAAAUCGUAUUCGAAACAAGAUAUUAUCGACGAAAUUCGUUUAUCAACCAUUGCUGAAUGUGUCGAUGAGACGAAUGUUGAUCGAACUACGCUUCUCGUUGACUCAUUUUUCUUCAUUCUUAUAAUUACGCGUAAUUUAAAUCAACACGGUCGACCUGCUGUUGAGUCUUGUCUUCGAACAUCCAUGUCAUCGAAUGAAUUGCAACAACGUUAUGAUCUUCAAACGCAUACCGAAGCAUUCGAAUCUAGUGAAUUGAAAUUUUGGCCAUUAGAGAACAUUUCUGAUCUUAUGUAUCAUUUAAGUACGCAGUACACUCAAUGGCUAUUCACUGUCGAGCAGUUGAAAGAUCUACGUGCGAAGACAAAUGCUGAAUAUGUGCAAAAACAUGUAUCGCGAGAUUGUUUAACUGUGGAAGAAGAAGCUAUGGUUAUACGCUAUUAUGAAAUCCAACUGAAAGAUUUUUGUGAGAAGUUUCGACCGCCAAUGACAAAGAUGGCCAUUGCUGUGGCGAUGCAAUAUUUCAAACGCUUUUAUUUGAAUAAUUCCGUCAUGGAAUAUCAUCCCAGAGAUAUCUAUCUAAUCUGUAUAUAUUUAACUGGCAAAACGGAAGAAUUAAGAAUAUCAAUGGAAGAGUUUGUUGCCAAUAUCAAAGAAAGUGCAAAUGUCAAUCAUACAGCUGAUAUACUUCUAUCAUAUGAACUUCUAUUAAUUGAAAAACUUCAUUUCCAAUUGGUUGUACAUACUGCAUAUCGACCAUUCGAAGGUUUAAUUAUUGAUUUGAAAACUCAUUAUUUACGUGAAAAUGUCAACGAUGCUGAUCAGUUACGUGUUACUGGCUAUGAAUUUCUCGAUAAAACAUUACUAACAGAUGUCUAUUUUCUUUUUCCUCCCUCGCAGAUCGCCCUGACAGCAUUAGUAUUUGCUUCAGUGAAGGCAAAAGUCAAUAUUGAUGACUACAUUCUCAAGCAUGUUUAUGGCUCAUUAGAAUCAGCUCAAAUGCAACAAGUUAAAGAAACAAUUCGAUUGAUUGCCAAUGCUGUGAAUACACCAGCGAAAUUUAAAAAGAGCGAAGUGAAACAGAUAAUCGAAAAGUUGGAGAAAUGUUACAAUACUGACAAUGAUCCCCGUACAGAAGCAUACAAAAAGCGGCGUUUGGAACAAUUUCAAGCUGUAACAGAUUAUGAAGCAAGAAAUUUACCAUGA